CGACGACCACCUUGGACUACACUUCGCUGACGGACAUGCCCGACACCAAGGAGGGCAUAGAGGAACUCUGCCCGGUGUGUGGGGACAAAGUGUCUGGCUACCACUACGGUCUCCUCACCUGUGAGUCCUGUAAGGGAUUCUUUAAGAGAACUGUACAAAACAAGAAGGUAUACACCUGCGUGGCUGACCGCUCCUGUCAGAUCGACAAGACACAGAGAAAGAGAUGUCCGUACUGCCGCUUCCAGAAGUGUCUGGAAGUAGGAAUGAAACUGGAAGCUGUUCGGGCGGACCGUAUGAGAGGCGGGAGGAACAAGUUUGGUCCCAUGUACAAACGUGACCGAGCACGGAAGCUUCAGAUGCUACGACAACGUCAGUUAUCCCACCCAGGAAUACUAUCAGGUGGACGACACCCCACCACCUCAGGUGUAGCAAUCACCUACUCCACCCCGGGCUACUCCUCAGCACCUUCCUCACAUGUUCACAUCAAAGAAGAGAUACAAAGUCCCUUCCUGUCCUCCUCCACCUCGUCUCCAGACUCCUCACCAUCCCCCAUGGGCGGUCUGGGUGGGUUAAUAGCAGCUUCUAGUGGUACCAGUGGCUUGGUAGCUUCUGGUCCAGUUGCACCUAUCAUUGCCGGUCCAGACCCAACCCUCUGGGUGACCAACACCCAGUCCACAGCCCCUGGUGUAACCAUAGGUGCACCACCCUCGGCUGGUGUGGGUGGCGGGGGUGGCGGCGGCGGUGGCGGUGGUGGCGGUGGUCGGGCGGCCACGGGUGGCUCCAGGAUUCCCAUCAUGAUACGUGAACUGGUAGACACGGUCGACGACCAGGAGUGGCAGACAUCACUCUUCUCCCUCCUUCAAAAUCAGACAUACAACCAGUGUGAGGUCGACCUCUUUGAACUUAUGUGUAAAGUGCUAGACCAGAACCUCUUCGCUCAAGUGGACUGGGCGAGGAACUCUUGUUUCUUCAAAGAUCUCAAGGUUGAUGACCAGAUGAAGUUGCUACAGCACUCGUGGUCAGACCUGCUGAUCCUGGACCACCUUCACCAGCGUAUACACAACAGACUCCAGGAUGAAACUACACUACCUAAUGGUCAGAAGUUUGACCUCCUGUCCCUGGCCUUGCUAGGGACGACGCAGUUUGCUGACCGUUUCCACGGAGUCCUCAAUAAACUGGUGGAUCUCAAAUUUGAUGUCCCAGAAUACGUCUGUGUCAAAUUUGUGAUUCUACUGAAUCCAGAGGUGCGGUUGUUGAGUGACCGUCGCUCAGUGGUGACAGCUCACGACCAGGUGCGACAAGUGCUCAUGGAAUACAUUGCCAAUGUAUAUCCUGAUGAAACGGAAAAAUACCAGAAGAUAAUGGACCUGCUGCCUGAAUUACAUUAUAUUGCUGAUAAUGGUGAGAAAUACUUGUACUACAAGCACAUCAAUGGGGCUGCACCCACGCAGACUCUGCUGAUGGAGAUGCUACACACUAAAAGGAAAUAGAGAAAGUGUUCAGCUUUCUGCUUUUCAACCGUCCAGUGCGCCACAUGUUUAUAUGAAGGGUGGACACAAAAGUUUUCGUCACCACAACCAGGCUGGAAGGAGGGUCUCCACCAUGACCAACACAUACAACCAUCCCUGGUCAAUCACCAUGGGAUUCUCUGCUAUGGUUUCACUAAGUGAAAACAUAUUGUAAACACUGCGCUGCAUGGAAGGAGCCCUUAUGACACUGCCUAUCCCACUCAAGCCAGCUCUGGGUCAGCUCUGCUCGUUGUAUCACUCAGUAGUUAUGAGGUUGAAAAAAAAAAAUUUAGGUAGAAAAAUUCCCUGCAAUGGAUAUGACUCAUAUGAAAGUGAUGUACUCAAAAUUACUGACCAUCAACCUAGGAGAGAUUUUGCCUGACCCAACACCAUUCUACGGUCACAAGUAUCCGUCUGGUGAAGUGCUGUGCUAGUCAUACCCUCUGAGGGGUGGCAACGUCGUUCCCGAGCCUGAGAUAUGAACAGUAAUCUAUGGUGCUAAGCCUUCCUGGGGAUACCAUAAGGUACAGAUGGCCAAAGGACCUCGUUUAAGACAGGCGGCUAGUGGUGAGUGCUGAGUGGUCCCCUGUUAAUUGUUACCAGAAGCACCAUGGUGCAAUCAGGACUAAUAUAAGGAAGUUGAGGCUCCAAAUGUUGAUCAGUCAGUGGUGCGCUACUCUCACUGAACGAUAUUAUCCCUUACACAUCCUCUGUUUCUGUGGCGCAUCAUACCUCAUUUCUCACUUUUCUUAUGGUGACGGUCUCCUCACUCACUUUGGUACAAAGCUCUCACUUGUGAAUAUGUUUCACCACUUAUAUAUCUAUUUAUUUCUGAACAUAAUUGUAAAAACUGGGCAUUUGUCCAAUCAGCUGCUUGCCCAGAUAUAUAAAUAUUAACUUGAUAUAUUAAUGAAUAACACACACAGUGUAGGUGUUGUGAACUAGUUUUUGAUACUGUUGUUUUGUACAAGAGAUUAUAAAGUAACAGAAUAUUGUAUUCUUGCAUGAGCAAUCAUCUUACCCAGAUAUUGCUACUACUUGUCCAGGAAAUGUGUUCGGUGCGAGGUAGGCAGGCUUGACUGCUCUCCUUGUUUCUCUAUCACUUAGCUCAUAAUGAUAAUUUGUAGUUUGUUAAUCAAGCAGAAGCAUAAAUUUCUAGUGCCUCAACUAGGAUAACCUAGCAUGUACAAAACAGACAUUUUUAUAUGUUGGGGCACAAGAAGCAGCACAUGCAGGGGGCAUAUGGAGCUUUUACCAUUGCAAUGAGACUUAUGAAUACAAAAUAUUUAACAUGUAUUAGGUUUUUAUUGUUUUGCACUGUAUCACACUAAUAUUUUGUGCAUGUAUUUAAAUAAUCACACACACAAACACACAUACAUACACACUCUCAACAGGCUAGGUGUCUUACUGACAAGUGCCUUUGACAAAUGGUAACACACAAAAUGCUCCAGGAUGAACUGAAAAACACCAUGAAAAGGUUCCUCUCCUAAGUUUGGGUUUUUGGUAGAGAAGGAGAGUGAGUGAGUUAAAUAUAAAUAUAUACACAGGAGAGCCCUGUUUGUACAACUCUGGUUCCCAACCCCGUGCAGUAAGCAAAAAUUGCUGCUCGGUGGAAAAAGGAGUGUUUAUUUCAUUAUCUGAUGCAUCUAAAAUGCCUGAUAAUGUGUUUACACUAUCAUAUAUUAAGUAAGUGCUCAAUACAGCUAGGCACAAAGAACAGAUAGAAAAGUAAAAUAUACAGUACAUAAAAUAUGGUGCCUGGUAAAACCACUGAACUAACAAUGGCUCAAUUAAAAGCCAACAACAACAUGAAACACUGAAAAGAGGGUGCCAAAUACUCAGGGCCCUCCCAUAAAUAUAUACACACUCAUAUGAAUCAAAGAUAUCAUAUCUUAGGGGAGGAAAACUGAAGCUGGAUACUGCUAGGAUUGGUAUUAGGACCAGCACUAUUUCUGGUAUAUAUAAGUGACGUACCAGAUGGGACAGCCAAAUGCAUCUCUGCUGCUGAUGUAAAUUAAAUGAGGACAAAGGCUACAAAUGGGUCUAAACAAACUAAGAUUAGUCUGAUAAAUUGUUACUCGAAUUCAACCACAGCAAAUGCAAGGUUAUUAAGAUUUUGAAGGGGCAAGAUAUGAAGCAUAGACAGAGAGAGGGGGGGGGGGGCAGAUCCCACUCAGAAAGACGUAGGAGUAAUUAUAGUGACAAGCGCAUUGCCAGCGGCAUACCUCAACUUAAUAACCCCUGCAGCCAGUGCUUGUUUGGCAAAUGAGAGUAUCAUUUAGGAAUCUCAACAGUUAUACACAAACCUUUAUACAUGUCAGGUUUAUCGUGAAGUAUGUAGCACCAGCAUCACACCUACAUCUGAUAAAACACGUUAAAAAUAAAACUGGAGACAGUAUGGCUAUAUGCAUUGAAGCUGUAUAUAUCCAUAAGAGAUAUGAGCUACAAGGAGAGCAUAAUGGAACUGAACCUGACAACAAAAAAGCAUCCUAACAAGGGAAAACAUACAAAAUACUCACAGGCACUGAUAGGGUAGACAGGGAGAGACAGAGGUGGGAAACAAGUACUUGGGGACACAGAUGAGCCACAAGGAUGUUAGGAAGUAUUUUAUCAGCUUCAGGAAGUGAAAAAACCUUGACAAAAGUGGUAGAGGCAGGCUCCAUAUAGUAUAGUUUUCAAUUUGGGUAUGGUAGGGCCUACUUGGUUAGGAAGGAGUGACUGUCAAGUGGCAUGCUGAGGUGGAGCCAGGAGCUAUCACUUGAUCCCUGCAGUCACAUAUAGGAGAGUGUAUGAAACACAUAUAUACAUAUAUUAAAAGUUACCACAAAUUAUACAUAACCUCCCUACCAGGAUAAGUACUGUAUGUCUUCCUGCAUCUUAAGAAAUUAGUACUGAACUUAGAGCAAAAAGUACCAUAACAUCAUACUGAGAAUAAUUAUUGCCCUACUAAAUUUCAAUUUUACUGUACUUGUUACUGGCAGAAGAUAAACAAGAAAGAUUACUCUACAAUGUAGAAAAAUAAUUUAAACAUUUAAUAACAAUAUGAAUCUCAGUGAAAUAAUUUAGCUUUCAGCACUAGAGCACCGGGGCACAAAUAGAUAGAAGAGAUAAAGUAUUUGAGAAUACAUAAUUUGAUAUUACCUUAUUUUCUGGCACAUGAAGCAUAAGAGUAUAUGAGACAUAUAGACAAUGGUUCCAACCAAUUAUAAUGUUUGUUAGUAAACAACUGCCAAAGUGUAACACAAAGCUUACCCUUGACCCUGACUUUGAGCAUAUAAGGCACAGGCUGAUUUUCCAAGACUUUCUGUGAGAAAAAAAAUGCUCUUUAUAUGCCAAAAAUAUGGUACAUACAAUAUAUACAACAUACAUAUGAAAAGGUAUCUGCAAGGUUUUGUUAUAGAAUGUUCCUGUCACAAACUGGGAAAACAUGUGAUAUCUUAACAUGUGAUUUGACUACAAUGAAACAGGAGAUAAUUCCCAGUACUCUUGUGAUGUAUCAUGUAUAUUGUUAAGAAAUAACUUUGACAUCAGGAAAGUUCUUUAAAUGAGUUUUCUUAAUUGUGGUAAAACUGCAUUAGUAAAAAAAUAUUACACACGCACACGCAGCCAACACUGCACGGCAGAAAAAAAUAAUGCCACUAGAGCCAAAACCUGGGCUAGUGAAUGAAUAGAUUCAUUAAUGUUUUGUCUGUUGGAAUGUGUAGAUACUGUGUUAUACAUCUGUAAGUUACACUCAGAGCUCUACAACAAAGUAUAAUAACUUGAGCUUUAUAAUUCUAAUAUCCCUUACACCUGAGUUUUUCUUCAUUGUUUGAAUGUGGCACUUGUUGUUGUUGUUGUUUUCUGCUGUGCAGUGCCUCUUACAUAUAUAAACAGUAUUUAAUACAUGCAAAUAUAUUAUUUUUAUUUCUUUGCCAUAUGCCUGCUGAUAGGGCCAAGUUAUAGAAGGAAAGUUAGUGUUGAAAGAUGUCAGGAUAAUGUCUUUGUUAAGCUUGAGUUGCAGUUCAGAAUUAAAUACUGUAUAUGUUGUGUAAAAGUGUAUACCUAGCAAUGAGAAGCAAUACUUCUUAUUCUUCUUUAGAAUUAAAUAAAUCUAUUUAGUUUAAGCGUUGAAUUAAGAUUUGGAACAUUCCAUUUCGAGGGAUUCACGGGCAUUCUUCACUGUGGUUAUGCUCUACCUGGGUAGUCUUAUGGCAUAAUCACUGACAUCAUUAUCAUCAUCAUUAUCAUCAUCACUGUUGCUGCUCCACAUUCCGCAUAGCUACUUAUCAUUAUUGCUAAAACACUGCAUUUCUUUCUUGUAUCCUAAUGGUCUCUAUAUAAUUAAUUAAAUUCUGUCGAGUUUCCUUUGUAGUUGUUUAAGUUUCUUUUCAGUCCUCUCUCUUUAUUGCUACUCAUUGCAAGUCUUGAAAUUUUGAUUUAUGCAUUUUCUAAGUUUUUCCUUUACUUAGUGAUAAAAGCAUUAAAGUGAUAUGUGCUACAGACAGCAGGUAGUGGUAUCCCUGCCACUCUCAAUGGUAUCCCUGCCACUUUUAACAUUAAUGCUCUAUUUCCUAUCUCUUGCCUUCUUAUGAUGUGCAUGUAAUUUUUUAAAAUUAUAUUUAAAUUUACAAUACCUAUUAUAUUAUGCUUUUAAAACUGAUACCAGUGAAAAUUUGAGGUGAUUUUAGCCUUUAACAAAAACAAAAUUAUUUUUAUACCAUUUGAAAUCUGUCAUAAAAUCUACUAUAAAUUUUUAUUAUAUAAAAUACACAGAGUGACUUAGAUCUGUCGGGUUAUGGUGUACAGCUGUUGAAUUCUAAGAGAGAUUUAUUUUUGGAACCAAUAUUUUCAGCACAAGAAAGGUGUUGGGAUGAAUCUAAGUCACCCUGUGCUCAUUUUGUCAUUAUAAAUGAAAUAUUCAUUAUAAGUGAGAUAAGUGCCUAAACACUGAAUUGUAACCAUAAGGGUCAUUUAAGUGUGUUGUGAAUAGGCAAAUAAUCCUAAUGAGAAUAAUUCAUUGUUUAGACUCUUUGAUUCCUUCAUAUUUUAUACUAUUCUAUUGUUCAUGAUACCUAUGUUCACUGUAAAGACUUUCAAUGACAAUUUCUUUCUAAAAGAUUUUAGGAAAAAAUAAUAUACUUUAGUAUAUGUUUUGUAAUGACAUUGAAUUAUUGUCUGUUAAAACUGAAACUGUAUAUAUUUCUCAUGUUCUGUAAAGAAAUACACAAGUGUUCUUUGUAAAAAUUGUAUUGUAAGAAAAAUAUAUUUCUAUCUCCAUAUGAUGAUUCUCAAGAGUGUUUUUCCUAUGAUGGAGACCAUAGAAAUGCUUUUUAACUUUUCUUAAUUGUUUCACACCAGUGCCUAUUGACGAUUUUUUUCUGUUAAGAGAAUCAUCACUUGAAGAUUAAGUUUUAUAUAAAACAAACCCAAAACAGGAGUAGCCAUGGGAUUGUAGGUUCUCUAUUAGAUUCUAUAAUUAAUGCUAAUAAUUGAGAUGGGAUUAAUAAAGUGUUUUAUUUAGAA